UGUGACGUACCUACAGCGUUGCCUCAAUCGCGGUACUGUAUACUAUUAGGCUAGCUAGUAUGGAUAUUCUUGUGAUGCAUUCAUAUAUUAUAAGCCUAUAUGUGUGUCAUUACAUUUAUCUAGACAUGUAUUAGUAGGCUAGGCCUACAACAUAUUCAUAACAUUGUAGCUUAAUAAGCCUGAAUCCAACAACCAGGCUAUUCAUUCCUACCAUCCAUUAUAUAUUCCACUAAGUCGUUAGUGAGUCAACAACCUUGUUAAUGCAUUUUUGGAGAAGAAUGCAAAGUCUUCCCCGCUGGAACAUUCACAAAAGCAACAGGUAAACAGAUGACGUAAGGCCGUCGUCCCUCCCUCUUCUACCCCCACAGACCCUCCUGCUCCCCCAGCUACCGUUGUGUCCUGCCUGGCUGCCCGGUGUCUGCAACACUGCUCCCCGCUCUGCCCGAUCCUUCCCCGGACCCGAAGCCCGCCUCGCACCGCCCCGGCUACCGAACUCCCAGUGAAUGCACUAGCCAGCAACCAUGACAGGCAUCGCUGCCGCGUCUUUCUUCUCCAACUCCUGCAGGUUCGGGGGUUGUGGGCUCCAGUUCGAGUCUCUGGCCGAGCUAAUCGUCCACAUCGAGGACAAUCACAUCGACACAGAUCCUCGUGUUCUGGAGAAACAGGAGCAACAACAGCCCACCUACCUGGCCCUGAGCUACAUCAACAGGUUUAUGACGGACGCGGCACGUCGGGAGCAGGAGACCCUGAAGAAGAAGGCCACACCCAAACUUUCCCUGUCAAUCACAGGUGGCGUGUCUCGGAACAGCGUGGCCACACCUCCACGGCACAGCAACGGCAACCUGACUCCCCCCGUGACUCCUCCCAUCACACCCUCCUCCUCCUUCCGUAGCAGCACGCCCACAGGCAGUGAGUAUGAUGAUGAGGAGGUGGACUAUGAGGAGUCAGACAGUGAUGAGUCCUGGACCACAGAGAGUGCCAUCAGCUCAGAGUCUAUCCUCAGCUCCAUGUGUAUGAAUGGAGGGGAGGAGAAACCCUUCGCCUGCCCUGUGCCUGGCUGCAAGAAGAGAUACAAGAAUGUGAACGGUAUUAAAUACCAUGCCAAGAACGGCCACCGGACACAGAUCCGUGUGCGGAAGCCCUUCAAGUGCCGCUGUGGGAAGAGCUACAAGACGUCCCAGGGCCUGAGACACCACACCAUCAACUUCCACCCGCCCGUCUCUGCCGACAUCAUCCGCAAGAUGCAGGGCUAGAGAGCCCCCCCCAAACAUUUCCCUAUUCCUCACCAGCACUCCCAACCCAACCACCCCACACUUUUUCAAUGUUAAUAUCCACUCCACCUUGACCAACCAACCAAAACAUAUCCCUAUCCCUUCUGGCCCAACCUUAGGGGUGACAACCCCAACCCCUAUCCCUUCUAGCCCAACCUUAGGGGUGACAACCCAAACCCCUAUCCCUUCUGGCCCAACCUUAGGGGUGACAACGCAAACCCCUAUCCCUUCUAGCCCAACCUUAGGGGUGACAACCUAAACCCAUAUCCCUUCUAGCCCAACCUUAGGGGUGACAACCCAAACCCCUAUCCCUUCUAGCCCAACCUUAGGCGUGGCAACCCAAACCCCUAUCCCUUCUAGCCCAACCUUAGGGGUGACAACCUAAACCCCUAUCCCUUCUAGCCCAACCUUAGGGGUGACAACCUAAACCCCUAUCUCUUCUAGCCCAACCUUAGUGGUGACAACCCAAACCCUUAUCCCUUCUAGCCCAACCUUAGGGGUGACAACCCAAACCCCUAUCCCUUCUAGCCCAACCUUAGGGGUGACAACCUAAACCCCUAUCCCUUCUAGCCCAACCUUAGGGGUGACAACCCAAACCCUUAACCCUUCUAGCCCAACCUUAGGGGUGACAACCUAAACCCCUAUCCCUUCUAGCCCAACCUUAGGGGUGACAACUUAAACCCCUAUCCCUUCUAGCCCAACCUUAGGGGUGACAACCCAAACCCCUAUCCCUUCUAGCCCAACCUUAGGGGUGACAACCUAAACCCCUAUCCCUUCUAGCCCAACCUUAGGGGUGACAACCUAAACCCCUAUCCCUUCUAGCCCAACCUUAGGGGUGACAACCUAAACCCCUAUCCCUUCUAGCCCAACCUUAGGGGUGACAACCUAAACCCCUAUCCCUUCUAGCCCAACCUUAGGGGUGACAACCUAAACCCCUAUCCCUUCUAGCCCAACCUUAGGGGUGACAACCUAAACCCCUAUCCCUUCUAGCCCAACCUUAGGGGUGACAACCUAAACCCCUAUCCCUUCUAGCCCAACCUUAGGGGUGACAACCUAAACCCCUAUCCCUUCUAGCCCAACCUUAGGGGUGACAACCUAAACCCCUAUCCCUUCUAGCCCAACCUUAGGGGUGACAACCUAAACCCCUAUCCCUUCUAGCCCAACCUUAGGGGUGACAACCUAAACCCCUAUCCCUUCUAGCCCAACCUUAGGGGUGACAACCCAAACCCCUAUCCCUUCCUCCCACACACUAAAGGAUCUAGUGCAUGCUUUAACUUGUUUAUGUCUUGUAUUAUGUUCUUUGGGUUUCACAUGUUACUCUAUCUCUUGUUAUUUUAAUAACAUGCAUCUUUAUAGGCUUUUUUUGUUUGUACAUUUGCACAUUCUUACGCUAUCCCAACUAUUUCCGUGACUUUUUGUAUUGACAUACGGUGCUAACAAAACGAAAACAAAGAAAAGAAAAAGAAAGAAAAAACAAAACAGAAGAAGAAGAGGAGUAAUGUAAAAGAGGAAGGUGUGGAGUUGGAUUAUACAGUCUAUAUAUAGAUAUAUAAACAAUAGAUGUGUGUAUAUAUACAAAUAUAAGUAUUCAUCAGCAUAUAUACUAAGUAGUUCCACUUUAUUUUCAAGCUUUAUUUUUUUAUAUUCUUUUUCAAUAUAUUUUCCAGAUAUUAGUUUCUUUUGAUAUUUCAUCAAUAAGUGUUGUUGUUUUUUCAUUCCUCAACCCCGAGACAACCUGUCCUGUUGUCAUAGGUCAAACUUUAAACAGCUAGGUGACCUCAGGUCUAGAUAUUCCCAGCAGCAAAAACAAAGAGACUAUGGCUUGAAUCCUAACUUCAGAUCUGCGUCCCUAAAUACAUUUUGCACAGAUUUCAUGUUAGUGUUCAGCCCAUAUAGAGAAACAAAGAAACUAUUGCAUUUAUUCAUUCCCUCUGUUCUAGGACUUCGCCCCAAUGAUUUCGGAAUGGAUUGUGCAUCCUGUAUUCCAAAGGUUAUUCCAGACUAUAGUGUGAGCAGACCAGAUGAGGCAUCAUCCUGUAUUCUAGGUUAUUCCAGACUGUAGUGUGAGCAGACCAGAUGAGGCAUCAUCCUGUAUUCCAAAGGUUAUUCCAGACUGUAGUGUGAGCAGACCAGAUGAGGCAUCAUCCUGUAUUCUAGGUUAUUCCAGACUGUAGUGUGAGCAGACCAGAUGAGGCAUCAUCCUGUAUUCUAGGUUAUUCCAGACUGUAGUGUGAGCAGACCAGAUGAGGCAUCAUCCUGUAUUCUAGGUUAUUCCAGACUGUAGUGUGAGCAGACCAGAUGAGGCAUCAUCCUGUAUUCUAGGUUAUUCCAGACUGUAGUGUGAGCAGACCAGAUGAGGCAUCAUCCUGUAUUCUAGGUUAUUCCAGACUAUAGUGAGCAGACCAGUUGAGGCAUCAUCCUGUAUUCUAUUCCAGUUGCCAAGUAUUGUUUCUGGUUACUUUUCCAUGAUCAUUGCCAACAGCUCUCUACUGCCAAACAUUUACAUUACCAUGUGCCUGAGGGGGGAGGGGGGAGAGAGACUGUCAUACGGUUUCAUCAAAGAGGUGCGCAAACGUGUCAAGAGAACACGUGUCUCAUUGCGCCUCCAGUGUGUAUGUGUGUGACUGUGUAUGUGUGUGAGUGUCGAUGGUAUGUUUUGUUUUUGUGCAUGUGUUUGUCUUAAAGGGUGUAUCUCCAGAGAUUACACCUACAAACGUUGGUUGCCUUGCGUUGUAGACUACAGCAUUCCAGUACAGUCUGUGUGAGUGUGUUGCUUCUUAGCCAAGUCUUUCUGCAGUAUCUGAGCUUUUCAGCCUCUUGUGUUAUUAUUCCGCCUUCUCUGUUACAGUCCUCCAUAGUGUUAUAAUAUACAGCUGUCUCAAAUGACACCCUAUUUUUGUAUACGGGGAAUAGUGACAUUUUAGAUUAGUUCUGUGUUCUAAAUGACACCCUAUUCCAUAAAGUGCACUACCUUUGGGCCCUGGUCAACAGUGGUGCACUGUAUAGGGAAUGCCAUUUGGGAUGCAGAUAGUGUCAUAACAAGGACCUUGCCCAUAGCCUCCUGCUUUACAGAAGCAGUCUGAUAUUGUGUCAAGGUAAGCAUGUUCUGGCCUAUUUGUGAUACCAUGCCUUCAGAGUGGUUUAGUGUCAAAAAGUGGUGCCCGUUGGCAAAAUGUUACCCCGUGCCAGGCCCGAAAACAUUUCUAACCUGUUGUUCUGUGAUAAUCGUCUGAGUCUGAUGGUACCCCAACACACACGCUUGACGGUUGCCAUAACAACCCUGGGUGUGGCAAAGUGCACCUGUAUUCACAAAGCGUCUCAGAGGAAGUGCCUUGCUAAAAACAGAAGCCUUCGAAACCAUAAUGAAUACGAGCGGGCACCUGAUUCUAGAACACCACUCCUACGUGAAUACAGGCCCAGCAUACAACACAGACAAAAAUGGCAGUGAAAGAGGAAGGUACCAUUGUUUUUGAUUGUGGCUGUACAGAAUGCAUUCCGGAGUCUCUGUGCCAGGUUUUCCUUACUUGGAAUCCUUGGCUCCAGCGCAUUUUAGCAAGGGAUCAGAGAGGGAGUUCGACAGUUCAGGAUCUGUCAAACACUUGUAAACCUGUCCUCUCCCCGCAGAGAUGCAGGUCACUAUGGUCCCAGUUUAACAGUGAGCCUGACGGUAUUACACAGCGGGGAUGUGAGGAGUACAGUACAAGCGUGUGUGAGGGGGACUAUUCCGAUAUACUGUGUACAGUGAAUGUAUUGUAAUGUGUGUCAAGUGCAUUUAAAUUAUAUUUUCGUAUGUUAAGUGGAGAACAAUGUUUCCUAUUUGUACGGAGGCAACAGAGGGUGUGAGGGAGGAGACCUGUGUACUAUAUCAAACUGUUUUUACAUAAGCUGCUGCUUCAUAAAUGUGAACACUAUUACAUUACAAAAUAAAGAGAACGUUAGCCAGAA